AUGCUGCAAACAUUGCUGUUCAUCUUGACUGUCAUUCAAUUGACAGACUGCUAUCUGUUCCGCCCUGAUGAACCAGAUGACUUCUCCAUCUCAGUAGAUGAUAACUACACUGGAGAGGCCAGUUUGUGCAUCAGAGUGUUUUGUUCAUUCACUGUACCACAAAGUGUAUUAGACUCAAAACCCAUUAGGAGAAUCUGGUUCAAGGGAGAUCCACAAAACCCAACUGUCGAAGUACCUUCUUUUAACUUUGGAUUUUUCAACAGUGGCGAGGAAGAGUGUAGCUUUAAGCUGGAUAACUUAGUUCAAGGAGAAAAUGAUGGAGACUACAGACUGAAAGUGGCAUGGGGAUAUGGAAACAUGUACAUCUUUAAUAAGACUGUAAAGAUUAUUGUAAAAGAACUCACUCAGACGCCAACAAUUGAAGUCCCACUGCUCACAGCUGGAGAGGAGGCGGAGAUAUCGUGCAGAGCUCCAGGGAACUGCCGUAACCUCGAAAUGGAUAUGUUCUGGGAAGGGAUUGAGCCUGAAAGAACUGAAAGAAGAGGUGUUAGUGUGAUUGGUAGUGAUGAACUGUUUUUACUAUUGAUAUUCCAUCCUAAGCCUGAACAUCACAAUAUUAACCUCACCUGCAGAGUUAUUUUUCAAGAAAACAUUCAGACUGAAGCUACUGUGACUCUUGACGUAAGACAUGCUCCUAAAAUCUUGAAUAGCUCCCGCUGUGUGGUGUGGGGAGAUGAAUUGAUCUGCGUGUGUGUCAGCGGGGGUUUUCCAUUACCCGACAUAUACUGGUCACCUCUGGAUGAUGUUACUGAAUAUUACAGUGCUUUUUCAAAUGAAAACACCUUCAGCAUCAUCAGCAUCUCCACUGUGAGUUUCAGAAACCUCAACGAGACCAUUGUUUGCAUCAGUGUGAAUCCUAUUGGUUUGGAAAUAAUGGAAAUCCAAGUGGACAAAAAGUUGAAAACAAGUUGGAAGUUGCCCACCAGUUGGAUUUUCUUUAUCAUUUCAUUUGUUUUAAAUAUCUGCUUAGCUUCUAGCUUGAUUGUCAUCUUGAGGAGGAGAGGAAAACAGAAACCACAAGAUGGCAACCGUGUUUACAUGUCGCCAAUGAUGGGUGACGAAUCAGUGUACGAGACUAUUAAAAUGUCUUCAGAGAGGUCUUAG